AUGGCUCUCAAUUGGGACGCAUUCCUCAAUACUGAGGGUUUCAACCUACCGAACGACCAAUGGUCCGAUCUUUUACCACCAACGUCUGCCCCUCCCAAUUCCCAGAUGCCUAAAUCUACCACCACCGACACGUCAGGCUCUUCACCUGAAGACGUCACCAGUUUCGACUCUCUUCUCGGAGGAGCAUCAGGCGAUCCCUACUUUGACGACUCCUUGUUCCUAUCCAACGACUACUUUCUCGGCGACCUCGACGUCCUCAGACCCCUGGGCAACAACAUCGGUGGCGGUAGAUCAACCACUGAGUCGUCGCCCGAGCCUACAGCAGUUACUGGUAACAAUCCGCAAUCCCAUACACCGGCAUCGCUGGUGAACGAACUGAGCCAACAAUUACCCCACAUGUCGCCCGCUCAGAGGCAAGCACUCCAACGUGCCAAUACCUUCCCUAACCCUACCUAUGAGUCCAUGUUUCCCAACAACCUGGACUCCGGCUUCGUUGAGGACUUGACCUUCCCAGAUGGCCCGAAAGGACCGUCAACCGCCAAUGACCCAGGGCUCGAGAGGACCCAAACCUCAAUAGCGGCCAACACUACCUCCAAGCGAUCCAAGAACAAGCCAGACAUACUCUCUGCCUGCUGGACAUCGCCACUGUGCCCCAAUCAUGAUCAAAAUGAUGGACCACCACCUAACCCAUCAACUUGCGGCGGUGGAUGUGCUCCUUUCUUGUUCGCCGACCAAGACAAUCUUCCAAGUAUCAGCAACCUGCUUGCCGACCCGCAAGAAGUUACUGCCGAGGACGGCGUAGUGGAGAUUCAGCGACGUCCCAAGAAGCGAUCGGAAAGCGAUGCGUCAGCAAACGGCUUCUCAACCCGCCAUUCCAGAAACGAGGAGACUACCACAUCCCCAACGGAUGAUCGGCAGCGGAUGAAGAGCGAGACCACAGAACAUGUUUCUACAGAAGAGUCGCCUCAAACCAACGAAGAUGACAAGCCAAAGUCACGCCGACGACUACCGCACAACCAAGUCGAACGAAAGUAUCGAGAAUCACUGAACACUCAGCUAGAUUCCCUCAAGCGUGUUGUACCAUCCCUUCAACAAAACAACCGAGCAUGUGACGGCGCCGACAUUGAGGACCUGCCCACGCCCUCGAAGCCUAGCAAAGCAGUCAUCCUAGCAUCUGCUACUGCCUACAUCAAGCAGAUGGAAAAGGACAAGAAGAGCCUGGCCGACGAAAACCAACUGCUCCGAACAAGGGUAAAAGCUCUCCAAGCACUUGUCAAGUGUGACGACUGCAGCUUGAUGCAGUAUGUCAUGGACCUAAAAAUCAAGCAGGCGAGUUGA